CAUCAACACUUUCUCCGAUUAUUUCUGGUUGCCGUUUGGACGGAGAAGAUCUCUUCUGUAUAUGUCCACCUAGACGUGCAUUCUACCGGAAAAUGGCGUCAAACAGUACGGUUGGCAUGGUUACUGAAGCGACAGUUUCUUUGAUAGAAGCUGUCAGUCAGGAAGCCGUGGAAGCAUCAAACAAAGGUGGUGGAUUAUCUGGUGGAGCAAUUGCGGGGAUUGUCAUUGCAGUAGUUAUUGGAGUGCUCCUGAUUGGAGUCGUCGGCUUCUUUGCAUUCAAAUAUGUGAAAGAUAGACGAAAAAACCAUGGUGAAUACCGUCCACAAUUUGAAGAACAACAUCACGCAAAAGACCUACCAUAUCUUCAACCUCCGAAUGUAGAAGGACUUAUCUAAAAUAUUUUUAUUAUUCAUUUCAAUCAAAUUGGGCGCUUUUAUAUGUGUAUUUAUUGUUCCCCGUUACUGUUCUUUCUGGAAAUUUCUACUCUAAUCACGCAUGACAUACAUUGAAUUAGUCUCGCUUUGCCUUGGUCAUCGAUUAAACGAUUUGUACAAAAAUAAAACUUAUCCGCAAA